GGCGGAAGGAGCUGCCCUGAGUAAGAAGGUGAACGAAAGAUGGCGGCGGAAACGCUGCUGUCCAGCCUGUUGGGGCUGCUACUUCUGGGGCUCCUGUUACCCGCAACUCUGGCUGGCGGUGUCGGAAGCCUGAAUCUAGAGGAACUGAGUGAGAUGCGUUAUGGGAUCGAGAUCCUGCCGUUGCCUGUCAUGGGAGGGCAGAGCCAAGCUUCGGACGUGGUGAUUGUCUCCUCUAAGUACAAACAGCGCUAUGAAUGUCGCCUGCCAGCUGGAGCUAUUCACUUCCAGCGUGAAAGGGAGGAGGAGGCACCUGCUUACCGAGGGCCUGGGAUCCCUGAGCUGUUGAGCCCAAUGAAAGAUGCUCCUUGCUUGCUGAAGACCAAGGACUGGUGGACAUAUGAAUUCUGUUACGGACGCCACAUCCAGCAGUACCACAUGGAAGAUUCAGAGAUCAAAGGUGAAGUCCUCUAUCUCGGCUACUACCAAUCGGCCUUCGACUGGGAUGAUGAGACAGCCAAGGCCUCCAAGCAGCAUCGUCUGAAACGCUACCACAGCCAGACUUAUGGCAACGGGUCCAAGUGCGACCUUAAUGGGAGGCCACGGGAGGCCGAGGUUCGGCUUCAGUAGGCCAAGAACUGAGGGCAAAGACUGCACUUUCCUCUUAUCUACUGAACAUAUGCCCUGCACCAAGCCCUGUCAUAGAAACUGGGGAUGAAGUGGUGACUGAGAGACCUAGUCCUGCUCUCAGGAGACAGACAUUAAAUAAACAGCCACAGCAAGCAGGAUAAAGUCUGACAGGUGAACUACAUAUCAUGGGGGUGAUAAGGGGGAUGCACAAUAAAGGAACUAGCCAAGUCUAGCUGAAGGGGAGGCUUCCUGGAGAAUGUGACCUUUGAACUGACAGUUGAAGGAUGAGGAGCUAGUCCAGCAGCUGUAGAGGAGGGGUAGAGGGAAGAGGGCAUUCCAAGUGGAAGGUCUGCUAAGUGCCAUAGGCCUGGAGACAAGGGGAAGUUGAUAGCUUUUCGUAGUGACUGGAGAGAAUUGUGGGAAGGGAGUGUGGGAGGUGAGGCUGGGCAGCAAUUAGGGGUCAGCGUGCAGGUCAUGAAGCUCUGUAGCUAUGUUGAGUUUGGACAAUCCAAGAAAUAAGGGGGAAGCUAAUGAGAUAUCUUAAGGAGGAUGAUGACAUAUUCAGUUUUGGUUUUGAAAGCUCACUCUGGCUGGAAUGUAGCAAAUGAUUGGGAGGCCAGUUAGGAAGUGGUUGCAGUGAUCCAGGUGAGAAAAGAAGGUGGCCCAGGGAUGAAGAAAUGUGAAUUUGGAGGUAGAUUUAGGGAACAGAAUCAAUAGAGUAAGACUCAUAGGUUUCUGGGUUGAGCAUGGAUAGAUGGUGGUUCCUAAAUUAGGUAGAGUAGAAAGAAGAAUAGGUUUGGUGAAGGAAAAUGAUGAUUCUGGUUUUGAGUAUGAUGAUUUUGGUGGCUGCAGGCAUCCAAGUAGAGAUUUCUGAGGAGGCUGUUAGAUCUGUGGGUUUGGAACUCAGGAGAGAGAUCCGAAUUGAACCCCGAAGGCUGGGAGUCAUCAACAUAUUGGCU